AUGCGCAAACUUUUCGGCGAGAGUUUUCGGCGGCAGCAGCAGCAGCAACGGGCGGCCGAGCGAGGACGGGGCGUCCCGGGCGAGGACGGGGCUGGCCCUCCGCGGAGCAAAGCCACCGACCACCCGGGGGCUCCUCUGCCUCCCGACGGCGGCGGCGGCGGCGGCGGGCCGGCUCUGGAUGGGCCCUGCUGGGCCGAAGAGCGUCGGGGCGUCCCCCCGCCGCCGCCGCCCCGCAGCUGCAUCCCUUUCGCGGGGCUCCGGCCGCCUCGGGGCCCCCCAGGCCCGUCGGAGAGGCCGCCGCCGCCGCCGCCUCAGCUGUGGGAUACUUCGCAUUCCUGGCAUAGUUCGGCCUCGCCGGCCCUCCUCGCCGCCUCGCCGGCCCCCUGCCCAGCCUGGGGCGGCUGGGUGCCCCCUGAGGUCUCCAGCAGCAGCGAGGACGAGUUGAGGCCUUCGCCGGGCUUGGGCCCCGGGCCUGCCGUGAAGAGCCCCCCAAGGCCCUCCUCAGACAGUGAGGAGGAGGAGGAGGAGGAGGAGGAGGCCCGGGCGGUGCCCCACAGACGCUCCCUUCGGAGGAAGAAGAGGGAAACUGAGGCCCAGGAGGAGGCCAGGGUGGUGGCUGGCAUGGAAUGGCACCUCAAGGCCCAGCUGGACCUUUCUGGGGGUCUCCUGCCCCCCCAGGAGGAGGAGAGGACGACCCCAGCUCCAGACGCCAAAGGGGCUUCUCAGGCUGAGGGACCCAGACCGUAUUUGGGGGUCCCCCCUGAGGGCAGCAGGCCCUUCCUGGGCACCCCCACCCCACUUUCCUUGGGGCCUCCCCUGCCUCUGGUGUCCCGGGUCUCCAAGGUCAGCAUCCCCCCCUUUGCCUCCAGCCCAGCCGGCUCCCGAAACAGCAGCAGAUACUCCAGCACGGAGACCUUGAAAGAGGACGAGCAGCCCGGGGUCUCUUGGACCGGGCCGAGCAAGCCGGCUCUCGGCUUGGGCCGGCCCGCCACUUUCAGCCCAAGCGACAGCCCUGCCAGGUUGCAGGCCCCCGUCCUCCGUGCCCGGCCCAAGCUGCCAUUGGGGUUGGGGAGGUCCAGGCAGGAGUUGUCCUCUUUUGAGAGUUUGCUGCCUUGCGCCUUUGAACCGGCGGCCAGAUCCAAGCACCAAAAGAAGUCCAUGUCCAACCCGGACAUUGCCAGCGAGACCUUGGCCCUCCUCAGUUUCCUGAAAUCGGACCUGUCGGAGCUGAAGGCCAAGAAAAGGGCCAGCAGGUUGAGUGACCAAGAAGACGUGGCCUUUGGCGGCGAGAGUGUCAGCCGAUAUGAACCCUGUCUCCAAGGAGGAACCGAGCACCCGUCGGUGGGCAGAACUCAAGGUGAGGUUCCACCACCAAACCAUUGGGUCUUGGGCCAACGUCCCACCCUGAAGGACCUCACGGCGACCCUGAGGCGGGCCAAAUCCUUCACUUGCUCGGACAAGCCGGCCUCCCGCCGCCUUUGCCUGCAGAACGCCAUGAAAUCCAGCUCUUCGGAGCUUUUGCUGGCCACUCGCUUCGACCACAAUGGUGUGGUUUCCGACAGGCGAGACAGGGAAGAGGAGGUGCUCCCUGUAAUCAUUCAGGAUCAGUACAUCCAAGAAGCCAGGCAAGUGUUUGAGAAGAUAAGUAAGAUGGGCUCAGAACACGGCUAUAAUUUUGCUUCAGAGCCCAAGGAAAGGGGGAAGGACGGGACGGAGGAGGGAGAGGAGAAAGAAGAAAGCUGCAGUCAGUGCUUGGAGGAAGCUGGUCCUAAAGGACACUUGCCCUGCAGGAAAUCUUUAGAAGAAGGUCCUGAAUCCAGUAUGACCGAUGAAGGAAUUGUGACCGAGCCAGAGACACCUCCGGCCUACAGUUACCUGGAUCCUUCCGUGGCCGCGUGGAAGUUGGCUAACCGAAGAGGAACUGAGGCCGCUUCUCUUGAGAGGAAGGAGACGCUUCUCCCAAACCAUUUCACCAAAGGGAACGACGACGUGGCCGUCGUGGACGAGGGGCUCCCCAAUCAUAAGACGGCAUCCCAGGGUUUGUCGGAGACACCCCUGACUCCCAGCGCCCUUCGGCGACGGAGGAAGUUCCCGUCCUUAGGAAACAACGGUUCCGAAUCCAGCAACGGGAGCAGCGGGGAAUCCAGCGUUGAUUCCUACCGGUCUCUUAGCGACCCCAUGCCCCACAGAAGGUGCUCCAUCACAGAGGAGGCCAAGAACUUCUCCGUGGAUAGCAACCUCCUGGGGUCGCUGAAUUCAAAGCCCGGAAUCUUAGACGCUUCUGCCGUGGCCUUGUCGGAUUGCACGGGGAGCGCCGCAAGCGACCUCUCGGUCUGCAGCAAUGGCCUGAAGGAUUACAGCACCGUGAUCCAGAACAUCGUCAGCCAGCCCGGUGCCAUGGACAAGGUGAUUGACGAGAAGGGCAACGGGAAGCCCAUCAAGAAGAAGUCCUUCAGUGACCCCAGCCGCCGCGGCGAGCAUGCCAACCCAGGCUUCAUGGGUGCCGGAGAACCCAUCAACGAGAUGGAGCAGAACAUCCUGCCGUCCAGCAGCGAGCCCAUCCUUUCGGGCCAGUCGGCGGAGCAGGACGCGCGCAGGUUGUCCUCCCAGUCGGAGCAGGCUCUGCCGAUGGCGCCGGAAGCCCACGAGGUCCCUCAAAACUUCAGCUUCGAUCCCAAGCUGGCGGAGGUCUUGUCGCCGAGGAUAGUCCGGCGAAGUUCCAAGAAGCGCAGCGACCGAGCGAAUCACCAGGAAGGCAGGAAGGACGAGACGGCGCUGUCUCCCACCGUGCCCACCACGCUGGGCAGGGCAAGGCCCGCCUCCAAGCACGUGCGCCACACCAGCGAGCCUGCCACCUUCCUUCCCAUCUCCAGUGCCCACCUGCCCGCUUCGCUCUGUCAGAAUGCCCACCCUGCCAUCCAGGGGCUUCCGCACCUGCCCACCAAAACUUCAGCAUCUCUUCCAGCCCCGUCCUUGGAGGAUGUGACCAAGCACUACAUGUUGACUCUCAGUUCGGGGGAACCCCUGCCCAACAACACUGCGGAUACCCCCAGAUCGUCGCCUUCCACGCCAACCACGACGGAACCCAAACUCCCCAGAUGUCCCAAACACCAUGGAGAUGUGAACGCCGGCAGCCCCAGGGCCAAGCCACAAGUG